CUCCUAGUCUCCUGCCGGCCUGUAUUCAUUCUGCCUGGGGCUCCUGUUCUCUGCCCAGCUUGUCCUCGUGGCUUCUUGCUCCACCUGUGGUCCAGAUUCUGCAGGACUCUCUGAAGAGAGAAGCAGAGUGGAACCAUGAGUGAUGCCCAGAUGGCUGACUUCGGGGCGGCGGCCCAGUACCUGCGCAAGUCUGAGAGGGAGCGCCUGGAGGCCCAGACCCGGCCCUUUGACAUCCGCACCGAGUGCUUCGUGCCCGACGACAAGGAGGAGUUUGUCAAGGGCAAGAUCCUGUCCCGGGAGGGCGGCAAGGUGACCGUGGAAACGGAGAAUGGCAAGACAUUCACGUUGAAGGAGGACCAGGUGUUGCAGCAGAACCCGCCCAAGUUCGACAAGAUCGAGGACAUGGCCAUGCUGACCUUUCUCCACGAGCCGGCUGUGCUCUACAACCUCAAGGAGCGCUACGCCGCCUGGAUGAUCUAUACCUACUCCGGCCUCUUCUGUGUCACCGUCAACCCCUACAAGUGGCUGCCGGUGUACAACGCGGAAGUGGUGGCCGCCUACCGGGGCAAGAAGAGGAGCGAGGCCCCGCCGCACAUCUUCUCCAUCUCCGACAACGCCUAUCAGUACAUGCUGACAGACAGGGAGAAUCAGUCCAUCCUUAUCACCGGAGAAUCCGGAGCUGGGAAGACCGUGAACACGAAACGUGUGAUUCAGUACUUUGCCAGCAUCGCGGCCAUAGGAGACCGUGGCAAGAAGGACAGUGCCAAUGCAAACAAGGGCACCCUGGAGGACCAGAUCAUCCAGGCCAACCCCGCCCUGGAGGCCUUCGGCAACGCCAAGACCGUGCGGAACGACAACUCCUCCCGCUUCGGGAAAUUCAUCAGGAUCCACUUUGGGGCCACUGGAAAGCUGGCUUCUGCGGACAUAGAGACCUAUCUCCUGGAGAAAUCCCGGGUGAUCUUCCAGCUGAAGGCUGAGAGGAAUUACCACAUCUUCUACCAGAUCCUGUCCAACAAGAAACCGGAGCUGCUGGACAUGCUGCUGGUCACCAACAACCCCUACGACUACGCCUUUGUGUCCCAGGGAGAGGUGUCCGUGGCCUCCAUUGAUGACUCCGAGGAGCUCAUGGCCACCGAUAGUGCCUUCGAUGUGCUGGGCUUCACCCAGGAGGAGAAGGCCGGCGUCUACAAGCUGACGGGGGCCAUCAUGCACUACGGGAACAUGAAGUUCAAGCAGAAGCAGCGGGAGGAGCAGGCCGAGCCUGACGGCACGGAAGAUGCCGACAAGUCUGCCUACCUCAUGGGGCUGAACUCAGCCGACCUGCUCAAGGGGCUGUGCCACCCUCGGGUGAAAGUGGGCAACGAGUACGUCACCAAGGGGCAGAGCGUGCAGCAGGUGUACUACUCCAUCGGGGCGCUGGCCAAGUCCGUGUACGAGAAGAUGUUCAACUGGAUGGUGGUUCGGAUCAACGCCACGCUGGAGACCAAGCAGCCUCGCCAGUACUUCAUCGGCGUUCUCGACAUCGCUGGCUUCGAGAUCUUCGAUUUCAACAGCUUCGAGCAGCUGUGCAUCAACUUCACCAACGAGAAGCUACAGCAGUUCUUCAACCACCACAUGUUCGUGCUGGAGCAGGAGGAGUACAAGAAGGAGGGCAUCGAGUGGGAGUUCAUCGACUUCGGCAUGGACCUGCAGGCCUGCAUCGACCUCAUCGAGAAGCCCAUGGGCAUCAUGUCCAUCCUGGAGGAGGAGUGCAUGUUCCCCAAGGCGACGGACAUGACCUUCAAGGCCAAGCUGUACGACAACCACCUGGGCAAGUCCAACAACUUCCAGAAGCCACGCAACAUCAAGGGGAAGCCGGAAGCCCACUUCUCCUUGGUGCACUACGCGGGCACCGUGGACUACAACAUCCUGGGCUGGUUGGAGAAGAAUAAAGACCCUCUCAACGAGACGGUGGUGGGCUUGUACCAGAAGUCCUCCCUCAAGCUCAUGGCCACACUCUUUUCCUCUUACGCCAGUGCUGAUUCUGCAGAGGGUGGGAAAGGCAAAGGAGGCAAGAAAAAGGGUUCAUCCUUUCAAACCGUGUCAGCCCUCCACCGGGAGAACCUGAACAAGCUGAUGGCUAACUUGAAGACAACCCACCCUCACUUUGUGCGCUGCCUCAUCCCCAAUGAGCGGAAGGCUCCUGGGGUGAUGGACAACCCCCUGGUCAUGCACCAGCUGCGCUGCAACGGUGUGCUGGAGGGCAUCCGCAUCUGCAGGAAGGGCUUCCCCAACCGCAUCCUCUAUGGGGACUUCCGGCAGAGGUACCGCAUCCUGAACCCGGCGGCCAUCCCGGAGGGGCAGUUCAUUGAUAGCAGGAAAGGCGCUGAGAAGCUGCUGGGCUCCCUGGACAUCGAUCACAACCAGUACAAGUUCGGCCACACCAAGGUGUUCUUCAAGGCUGGGCUGCUGGGGCUGCUGGAGGAGAUGCGGGACGAGAGGCUGGGGCGGAUCAUCACGCGAAUCCAGGCCCAGUCCCGGGGCCAGCUGAUGCGGAUUGAGUUCAAGAAGAUUGUGGAGAGGAGAGACGCCCUGCUGAUAAUCCAGUGGAACAUCCGGGCCUUCAUGGGGGUCAAGAACUGGCCCUGGAUGAAGCUCUACUUCAAGAUCAAGCCCCUGCUGAAGAGCGCAGAGACGGAGAAGGAGAUGGCCAACAUGAAGGAGGAGUUUGGGCGCAUCAAAGAGGCGCUGGAGAAAUCGGAGGCCCGCCGCAAGGAGCUGGAGGAGAAGAUGGUGUCCCUGCUGCAGGAGAAGAAUGACCUGCAGUUGCAAGUGCAGGCGGAACAAGACAACCUCAAUGAUGCGGAGGAGCGCUGCGACCAGCUGAUCAAGAACAAGAUCCAGCUGGAGGCCAAGGUGAAGGAGAUGACGGAGAGGCUGGAGGACGAGGAGGAGAUGAACGCGGAGCUCACAGCCAAGAAGCGCAAGCUGGAGGACGAGUGCUCGGAGCUCAAGAAGGACAUUGAUGACCUGGAGCUGACCCUGGCCAAAGUGGAGAAGGAGAAGCAUGCCACGGAAAACAAGGUGAAGAACCUGACAGAGGAGAUGGCUGGGUUGGAUGAGAUCAUCGCCAAGCUGACCAAGGAGAAGAAAGCUCUGCAAGAGGCCCACCAGCAGGCCCUGGAUGACCUUCAGGCAGAAGAGGACAAGGUCAACACCCUGGCCAAGUCUAAGGUCAAGCUGGAGCAGCAGGUGGAUGAUCUGGAGGGAUCCCUGGAGCAGGAGAAGAAGGUGCGCAUGGACCUGGAGCGGGCGAAGCGGAAGCUGGAGGGCGACCUGAAGCUGACGCAGGAGAGCAUCAUGGACCUGGAGAAUGACAAGCUGCAGCUGGAAGAAAAACUGAAGAAGAAGGAAUUUGACAUUAACCAGCAGAACAGUAAGAUCGAGGAUGAGCAAGCGCUGGCCCUUCAGCUGCAGAAGAAACUCAAGGAAAACCAGGUGAGGUUCUUCAGCUUGCCCCAUUCUCUCUGCCAACACCAGCCCCUCUCUCACUCACCCUUCCCGUAUCGUAUCCCUUGCCACCCAAAGGCAAACCUAGAGAAGGUGUCCCGGACGCUAGAGGACCAGGCCAAUGAGUAUCGCGUGAAGCUGGAAGAGACCCAGAGGUCCCUCAACGACUUCACCACCCAGCGGGCCAAGCUGCAGACUGAGAACGGAGAGCUGUCCCGGCAGUUGGAGGAAAAGGAGGCUCUGAUCUCGCAGCUGACCCGAGGGAAGCUGUCCUACAACCAGCAGAUGGAGGACCUCAAGAGGCAGCUGGAGGAAGAAGGCAAAGCGAAGAACGCCCUGGCCCACGCGCUGCAGUCAGCCCGGCAUGACUGCGACCUGCUGCGGGAGCAGUACGAGGAGGAGACGGAGGCCAAGGCGGAGCUGCAGCGCGUGCUGUCCAAGGCCAACAGUGAGGUGGCCCAGUGGAGGACCAAGUACGAGACAGACGCCAUCCAGAGGACCGAGGAACUGGAGGAGGCCAAGAAGAAGCUGGCCCAGCGGCUGCAGGAUGCCGAGGAGGCCGUGGAGGCCGUCAACGCCAAGUGCUCCUCCCUGGAGAAGACCAAGCACCGGCUGCAGAACGAGAUCGAGGACCUCAUGGUCGACGUGGAGCGCUCCAACGCCGCCGCCGCCGCCCUGGACAAAAAGCAAAGGAACUUCGAUAAGAUCCUGGCUGAGUGGAAGCAGAAGUACGAGGAGUCCCAGUCCGAGCUGGAGUCCUCGCAGAAGGAGGCGCGGUCCCUGAGCACGGAGCUCUUCAAGCUCAAGAACGCCUAUGAGGAGUCGCUGGAGCACCUGGAGACCUUCAAGCGGGAGAACAAGAACCUCCAGGAGGAGAUCUCAGACCUGACUGAGCAGCUGGGUGAAGGAGGGAAAAAUGUCCACGAGCUGGAGAAGAUCCGUAAGCAGCUGGAGGUGGAGAAGAUGGAGCUGCAGUCGGCCCUGGAGGAGGCCGAGGCCUCCCUGGAGCAUGAGGAGGGCAAGAUCCUCCGGGCCCAGCUGGAGUUCAACCAGAUCAAGGCGGAGAUCGAGAAGAAGCUGACAGAGAAGGACGAGGAGAUGGAGCAGGCCAAGCGCAACCAUCUGCGUGUGGUGGACUCGCUGCAGACGUCCCUGGAUGCGGAGACGCGCAGCCGCAAUGAGGCCCUGCGGGUGAAGAAGAAGAUGGAGGGUGAUCUCAACGAGAUGGAGAUCCAGCUCAGCCAGGCCAAUAGGACGGCCUCGGAGUCUCAGAAGCACCUGAAGAUCGCCCAAGCCCACCUGAAGGACACCCAGAUCCAACUGGACGAUGCCGUCCGCGUCAACGAUGACCUGAAGGAGAACAUCGCCAUUGUGGAGCGGCGCAACACCCUGCUGCAGGCCGAGCUGGAGGAGCUGCGGGCCGUGGUGGAGCAGACGGAGCGGUCCCGUAAGCUGGCCGAGCAGGAGCUCAUCGAGACCAGUGAGCGGGUGCAGCUGCUGCACUCGCAGAACACCAGCCUCAUCAACCAGAAGAAGAAGAUGGACGCAGACCUGUCCCAGUUGCAGACUGAGGUGGAGGAGGCCGUGCAGGAGUGCAGGAACGCCGAGGAGAAGGCCAAGAAGGCCAUCACGGAUGCUGCCAUGAUGGCGGAGGAGCUGAAGAAGGAGCAGGACACCAGUGCCCACCUGGAGCGCAUGAAGAAGAACAUGGAGCAGACCAUCAAGGACCUGCAGCACCGGCUGGACGAGGCCGAGCAGAUCGCCCUCAAGGGCGGCAAGAAGCAGCUGCAGAAGCUGGAGGCCCGGGUUCGCGAGCUGGAGAAUGAGCUGGAGGCCGAGCAGAAGCACAACGCGGAGUGGGUCAAGGGCAUGCGGAAGAGUGAGCGCCGCAUCAAGGAGCUCACCUACCAGACGGAGGAGGACAAGAAGAACCUGCUGCGGCUGCAGGACCUGGUGGACAAGCUGCAACUGAAGGUCAAGGCCUACAAGCGCCAGGCCGAGGAGGCGGAGGAACAGGCCAACACCAACCUGUCCAAGUUCCGCAAGGUGCAGCACGAGCUGGAUGAGGCGGAGGAGCGGGCGGACAUCGCCGAGUCCCAGGUCAACAAGCUGCGGGCCAAGAGCCGGGACAUCGGGGCCAAGAAAAUGCUUGAUGAGGAGUGAAGCCGCUGCCCACCCCGCGGGGAGCCCAUCCUCACCGAUUCCUAAUAAACACGAGUGCAGACACA